GGAGGAGAGAGGAGAAGCAGGUGGAGGAGAGAGAGGAGGAGUAGAGAGGCUGUGAGGGCAGUGGGAGGGGUCUGAGUGGUGUCACGUGUCUCCAUGGUAACAGCUGUGUUGUGGGUGCCGUGGUAACCGCUGUGUUUUGAUCAGUGAGACAUGGAGGAGCAGAGAGUUCAGACCUGCGAUGUUUACAGGACGGAUCCAAACCUGCCACACAGAUUCAACAACCCUGACUGUUUCCAUGGUUACAGUCAGAGAGUCGGUCAUCCUCUGUAUCGAACAUCGAACCAAACGUACGGCAGCAAGAAGCCGACUGUUCAUGAAAUACAGACUCAGUUUAAAGGGACGUCGCGUCAGUUUUCGGAGGCGAUGCUGCAGAGUGGGAUGUACCGCGACCAGGGCUUCAACACGUCUGUAGAAAAGAGCAGAGUGACGGUUUCCACGGCAACCCAGAGGAACAGAUCCAACCUCCAUCAUCUGUAUCGCUACGGCAACAGAGGCGACAACCAGGAUGGAAACAAGUAAAGACAAAAACAAACUCAGAAGAAUGAAAGUUUAUUAGAAAAAAACAGAUGAAAGUUCUGAGUUUAUUGUGAUGAGUUGAGGAAAAUGUUUCUUAAACAAAUGUAAAUGAUUUGAACCCUUUAGCUGCUGGUUAUUCUCUACAGUCUAUCACUGAAUAUUUCCUGAUGAAUUUAAAAGGUUUUCAGGACAUUUAAACAUGAAUCAGUUCUUCACAUCUGAUGUUUUAGUUGAUAGAUUAAACUGUCGACUUGUUUCAGUUUUCUGAAUAGAAUCUGACAGAGGAGUUUAAUGAUGCUGAUUAAACAGCUGAUUCACUUCAAACUACAAACAUGGAUGCCUAACACUCACAUUCAUUCAUAUUUAUAUUAAAUCUGUAAAUCAACCUGCUGUCAUUAAUGGUCACUGUGGUAAUGAUCAUUAGACAUUUCAUUUAUUUUCCUGAAACAAAAUGUUCCUGAAUGCCUUGUUUCUUCUUCUCUCACUGAAAUGUUGAUUUCUGUCCAACACAUUCUGUGUGUGUGUGUGUUCUGAACCCUGCUGAGGACCAUCUGACACACACACAUACACACACACUAUAGUGGCUGCAGAUUUUGUUUCCAUGACGACCAAAUGAGGAAAACAAUGAUUAAUUUAACAAGGGUUUUUUUUGUCUAUUUCUUCUUCGUUUCUCACUCAGACUGAAAUCACCUGCAGCUCUGUGACCUCUGACCUUUGACCCGAUGUAAAACAACUCAAGCCUCCAAGCCUCUGUAGUACUGCUACUGCAAUACACAGAGUACUAUCACAUUGGUACUGAGUAUUUGGGACACAGAGCUUCAGCCUUAACCUGGUCUGAGUCCAGGUCCAGGAGCAGAGACUCUCCUCUGUGAUUUGGAUCAGACCUGAAUCUGGCUCUGCUGUAGACACAGACUACCAGGGGAUUUCCCAUGAUGCACUGAGCUCCUUCUCUAUCAGUGCAGAUUCAUAUUCCAUAAAGACAAGUUACUAACUCCUCUCUCCUCUCCUCUCUCCUUGUCUCAGAGCUGCAGAGUCUGGAUCUGUGACUGUAAACCACUGACUGGUCCUGGUCCGAGCCCAGGUCCAGGUUCUGGUCCUGGUUUUAGUCCAGGUCUACACUGUAACCAUCAGUAAGCUUCACUGUGGGAGCUCAGUGUUAAAUUAAAUCUGAUGUUUUUAACCUUUACAUUUUUCAAUUGAAACUGUUCUGAGCUCUGACAGUCAAACAUACAUAUAGUUAAACAGUUUUAAUGAAAUAAAAGUGUUUUAUUAUUU